AUGGGUUCAUCUGAGGAUGACUUCACCCCACUGUCUGAGUUGGACGUUGGAAUGAACAAAUGUAGAGUCCGGGGUGAAACUAUGCAGGCACGUGUACUUCGUGACGAUAUAGACCAGUUUGAAGAGCAGUUAAUUGAAGGGAAGGUCUAUGCCCUGUCGGAUUUUACAGUUGAUGAUACUAGGGAAAGCUACAUGACCUGUAGCAAUGAGUUCACUAUAUACUUUGGAAGUGGAAGAAAACUGGGUGUCACAUUGUAUGGAGAUAUUGCUUGCGGUUUUGCUGAAGAUAUGCUUGAGAAAGGCCAAAAAGCCUCAGUUGUUGCUGUCUUUGCAGGGAUGCACGUUGAAAGCUCACAUUCAGUUUGCUCUACAACAUGUUCGAAGUACUAUCUAGAUCUGGAAAUACCAGAGUCUAAGCAUUCAGCAAGAAAACCCUGUUCCAGAAAAAGUCAAGCUCAGAAGUUAGCCGAGAGUUGGCGAACAAUUGAACAGCUAAAACGCCUCAAUCCAAAGGAUUAUGACAAGGCCGGAGGAGUGCGAGGGCUUCCACUACUGGGUGUACUGGUAGUUCCAGUACGCAAAGAUGAGAAUGGGCGACGGAAAAGAGAACUUGCCUUUCCAAACCGUUUGCGGCGUUUUCCCCGGAGGUGGUACUGCCUGGCUGCAGGUGGAGAGCACGACGAAGUCGACGACGCUGCCAGUGUGGAUAGCCGUGUGCCCCAGCGGAUGAAUCGUCGAUGUAGUCUCUGCAGCGGCAAUGUAGAGGUCAUUGUGAAGUCAAACGAUAAAAAAUGCAAGAACAGUAGGAGGUACAAUCUAGUACAAAAAUUUGGAACACGGUUUGGUAUGUACAAAUAG